AUGCCCGGAUUCCCUGUUCCUGGCGGGCAUGAUCAAGCUCACAUCUCGAUCCCCGGUGCGCACAUCGGGGACUUCUCUAACCGCGGCACAUCUCCCGUCCCUGGGGGAGCCUUCUCUCCUCCUCCUGGCCCCCCUCCUGGCCACGGCACCCCGGGCGCGCAAGCCCCGCCACCCUCAGGCUUCCGCGUCCCGCUGGGCGACGCCGCGCCGUUCCCCACCCAGCAGGCGGGGCAGCCCGCCGCGUUCGACGCCGAUGGACGCACCCCGGUGUACAUCGGGAGUGCGCUGCUCGGGAACGCCGUGCACCCGUGCAAGAUCGUGCCGGCGUACACCCCGCCUGCGCGCGUGGCGUACGGAGGCCGCGAGCUCGAGCACCGGGGGCGGUACGAUCUGCUGCCGUUCGACCCGAACACGAUGGAGUGGGUGCCGACUGCCCAUGGGCAGAUCCCGGCCGGCAGGCGCCCGAUUGAAGGCGGAUACGAGGAGAGUGGCGGGAAGCUGUUCCAUGCGCUCGCCACCGUGAACGGGGUGAGGGUCCCUGGCAAGACGGGCACGCACCUUGGUGGAGCCAAUGUUGCCUUCGGCGGAGGAGAACACGUUAUCAAGCAGGACUACGCUAUUUUGUGA